AUGGCAUUCGACCACCAAAAUGACAUAACAGCGCAAAGCGACGGUCUGGAUGUCGAGUUUCGUGACAGUUACCGAGUCAGCGACCUUCGUCAAGACGUCUCCGAGGCCAUUGUCAAAUCCACCAAGCCCCUCACCGGACCUGGGGUACCCGAGAAACGGCAUUUAGAAUUGCAACUACCAAGCAGCAUGACCUACAACCAAUGA